CGUAAACUAACUAGUAGUAGCCGGUAGCCGAUCUUUGAUGCAUCUGGCUCACGACUACCUAUUAAUGCUGAGAUGUAGAGCCCAUGGUCGGCUCAUCAAUCUUGACUCCGUUGCUCAAACCUGCUUUGACUUUGCGUAACAAAAGCAAAAGAAAGCCAGGCGUCAUACAACUUGCCCAGCAUGCUCGCAGCAGACAACAACUACCAAAAACUCGACGCCCUGAACGAGUUGAAACGGGUACUACCUAGAAAUGCGGGAAUCUCAUCUUGCCGCAAACCCGGACGGCAGGAAAGGAAUCGUAUCUCGCGGGCGUGCGAUUUUUGCAGAAUUAAAAAGGCCAAGUGCGAUGGUGGAGAACCCUGCGGGAAGUGCUCGAGAAGCCAAACUUGUUGCACUUACAAGUAUGUGCGGAAAUCCUCGGGCUCUCAGACCGCGGCAGCAUAUGCGGAGCAAUUGGCACGCCAACAGUCGAUCCUGGUCGAGUGUGUUCAUAUCCUGCAUCGCCGACUGCAAGCGGAACAGGACCCUGAAGACUCGAACGUGAGCUCUCCAGAAAGCGACAUGUCUGUAAAGGAUAUUGUGGAGUCUCUCGGUUUAGCCCCUGUCGACAUUGUUGAGCCUCGCGUGGAACUUCGCACGCACAAACCACCGCCUAAAAUUGCAAACUCGCCAACGGAUGAUGGAUCGUCGGCAAGCGCAAGACAUAGUCAUGUUGAGACUACCCAGUCUUCAUCCACCAGAGAAGAGUCUCAAUUCAUGGAUGGCAUCGAUUUCGAGGAAUUUGAUCAUCUCGACAGCUCAAGUCCAUCUUGCAAUACAUCUCCGGAUCCACUGAAUGACUGGAAUUUUGAAGAACCUUACGACCCAAUGCGGUUCCCUUCUGACUAUUCCGUCAUGUGCGAUGGCCAACCUUCCUGGAGCUAUCCAUGGUUUCAAGGAGAGGUUUUUUGACGCUUAGCCCAUAGGUGGCGUUUCUUUGUGGCAUCUCAGGAGGAUACAGCCGGGGGCCAGUGAAGACAAGCGGAGCAAUGUUUUGAACGAAGGCAGCAUGAUAAAGGUGUCCUGUUUGGGGCCCAGGUUGAUGUACAUCAAUCGUUAUGAGCCGGAUGUCCGUCAGGAACAUUUGGCGCUUCCGGCCAUUCCAUCAUCACUGCCGCGCGGACUCCUGCGUUGCAAUAGUAGGGAGGCUGGCGUUCGACGGUUGAAUCAUGUUUCAUGCCUUACUAGAUGAUGUGUUCCAGUGUGCUUCUGGGUAUAGGCGCAUAAUCGCAGCGUUGGGAGAUCCGAUGAUCGUGAUAGCAGAAGUAUCAUACAUAUUUUUGACCAGCCUGCUUGUUGAACCAUACGGCAUCAUAGAACAAUGUCUUUCGAGGUUCGUCCUUUCCCAGGGAAUGGCCGUGCGGAGGUCAGGGAAGACGUACAAGCUCCAAGGAACGUGCUUCGGAAACAGCCGCGUGGUAGUGGCGACCCUCCAAGACGGUUCAACAUCGCUCGGAGGACCAACAGAGAUUUGAAGAGCUCGCCUAAGACCGUCGAUAGAGACCUUGAGCUUGCAUAGACUGGGUUCCCCAGAGUAUGUCCCCUAGGAGGGAGAAUGGGCUGAUGCCAUGAGGAGACUUCGCGGGCGUCAUUGUCGGAGAGUUGAAUGUAGAUGCGUCAUAAGACCGUGACCCAUCUCUGCUCCCUUGCAUGGAAACAUGACCAGACCAUUGAGGAUUAUCGACUUCCAUCGCAUCAGAAGAGUGCAGGAAUCUACGUAGGGCUGCAAUGGCCCUCGCGAUAGGAGCUGGCACCUCGGACGGAACAGUGUCGGAGUUGAGAUUCGUCAUGACCGUCAAAAGGUCCUGUAGAAGAGUGUGGACACGUUGGUUCUUCUCGUGCUCCUUUAUGAUGCCCAAAAGGAGGGCGGAGCUUAAGGCCCUCUGCGUCGCAAUCCAGGACGUUCUCGUAGUUGAGGACACAUUUUGGAGGCCUAAAUAAGCGUGUACGGUACUGGCCAGGCUGUCGACGCAUGCAUCUCGGAGAUGACCCAAU